AUUAACCUUUCUGGGGAACGCGGCUGCCCGAGCUCUGAGGCUCAGAAUGUGAGGACAGCCCCGCGGACACCGCGCAGGCCGCUCGGACCGCUCGCUUUACCUCGCGCGCCGUCGCUCCAGCGCAGUGUGGCAGAAAAAUGAGACUUCAACAAUUCUUUUUCCUUUUUUUAAUCUUUAUGAUGAGUCCUCUCCUUAUCCACGGACAGAGAGCAGCUAAUUUGGCAAUGAGGAGAAAGCUGCCCAGAUACAACUGUCUUCAGAGGAGAUGUAUACCCCUCCAUUCACGAGUCCCCUUCCCCUGAGGUCUUUUUCUGUCUAACCUCACCGGGUCUGUCAGAAGAAGAGUGAAGGAAAGGAUGUAAUUGUGUGAUUGCUUAGAAGUUCCUGGACGAAAAGGAGUUGUUUGAAAGCACCUGGGAUGGUUGAUUAGCUUCACAGGAUUCUCUUCUUCCUGGUUUCUCUUUAGAGGCAAAAUAACAUAAAUUCAAAAGCAGUCCAGUUUGAAGUAUAUUUAUUUGCUUGCAUAACAAAAUUCUCUCUUCUUCUGCACAUUAUUAUUCUUACCUGAGUUAAGAAGAAAAACUGUUUUAAUGUCUUAGAACUCUCUAAUAGUAAAAUGUGCAAGAGUUUAAAAUUGUUCUUUCACAUUCCUAUAGUUUUCCAAAGGUAUUAAAAUUACUUUAUAUAUGUUUGAGUGAUUUUCUUUUUAUUCUACAUCUGAAAUCAAUUCCAUUGACUAUUUGACUUUAAAGUUUAGGGAGAAAAUAAUUGGUUCAUUGAUUAUAUAGAGAGACUAAGAAAGAAGUUACUAAUUUCUACCAAUUUUAUAUAAUAGGCUUUAAUGUUUAUGUACGUUAUUUUUACUUUGAAUAAUACCCACUUAAAGUUGUAAAACAAAGUCUGAAAUAAUUGUAGUUCAUUUUAUAUUAUAACUGAAAUGUUCAUUUCAAAAACCUGUUUCUCCACAUGUAGUCAUAAGAAACCAAUGUUCGAUUUCCUUUGAAGUUCUGUUUUAUGUUCUUAAUUCAUUUGUGUCGAUAGCUUCUUAGAAAAGCCAACUUAAAACUGACAUUUAAAAUACACCUAUGCCAAUGAAGUCUCAAGCAGGGCAGGGUCUGUCUCUAACAUAUGAGUGCUCAACACUCUGCUAGGCUUUGUUUUGAUGUUAUUCAACUUGUGAUGAGACGUGUAAAUACAAAAUCAGAAGGAAUUUAAAUAUUUGAUUACCUAAGAAGGAAACUGUCCUGUCUGAACUGUACUGAUAUGAUAAUCAGUUGUUCCAAAGUUGUUAAAUAUGCUCUUAAUUUGUAUUUAUUCAAAGACUGUUUAGCUCAGUGCCAUAAAGUUUUUAUUAUUUUACAGUUAAGAUAAUUCCAGAUAUGAAAUUUACACAUUCAUGUCUUGACUAGAAAUUUUACUUUAUAAACAUUCUAGAGCCAUAAACCAUUAUCUCUUAUUUUGCUAAAAUAAAAGAUUGGGAUUAAUGUAUGAAGAAUUUGAAAUAGAAAUUCUGACAUCAUGAAUGUUUGUCUCCCUUUCAUAGCUUCUUAACAGUGUCUUUUGCAAUGGGAGGUGAUUAUACAAAGUACUGUAAUUAAAUUCACACACAAAAGAUGUUUUGUGAAACAUGUUAUUUCAUUAUUUAAAUUGGAUAUUUUGGGGAAACUCUAAAUGAUUUCUGGGUGAAUUAUAAUUCCUUUACACAAGUGCAUUUCAGUAGAAACACAAGCUAUUUACAAUUAUAUUUAAAACAUGUAUGUACUUAUUUAUAUAAUUUGUACAAAAAGAGAAAAAAACAAUAUACAGUUCAGGUAUAUUUCAUGGACUACAAGCCUACACUUUUGCAAGUACAGAUUCCCAUAUUCACAGAAAAAGUUAAAAACCACCCCUCCCAUUGUAAGGUAGUUAAAUGGUUAUGCACAUCUGCUCAUACAAUUUCAAUAACUGUUCAAUAAAACACUCAGUGAUCUGAGUUCUAGUUGUCCUUACUUGUAUAAGAAACAUUCAGAUUGUGGAACACAGUAUGGUAGAUGGGUUCCUGAUACUUGUCUCUGUUUCCAUUGUUCCUUUUUAAGACUGAUCGUACCCUGCCACUGCAGAUCUUUUACCUCACUCAAGAUUAUCAGAGGAAAGGCAAAGAGUCUCUCAACAACCAGUGACACAUUUGCUGAAGGUGGCACACCAGAACAAGCCCAUGGCAAUGGAGCCAUAUUUUUUUCACUGGCAAGGUGGAGGGGGAGACCAGAGGAGUGUUAAACUAUGUGUACUUUACCUUCUUUGUGAUUUGGUGUUUGUUUUAUUCUUUUUUCUAUUAAAAGUUCUUUGCAAUUUCUAA